AUAAAAAAACCUGGACGCGCUCCGAGAGAAGGUCGUUAAAAUCAAUUUCCUAUUUUCGUUUUCGAAACUUGUGUUGGUUUGUCCAAUCGAUUCGUGCAAUAGAUUUUCGAAGUUUUAGACUAGACAGGGAAAGAUCUGGGCACAGUUUUUCCAGAACUUCGUGCCAAGUUAAAGCGGUGUCGAGCUGUUUUAAUGAAUGUUUUAGAUGUAUUAUGACUUUGAACAGUGACCGCGAACAUUUAGUUUACUGCAGCCGCAGCCAUUAUUACCAAGCGUGAACCAUUGACUCUGACAGUGAAUGAGAGACUGAGACGAAGCGAACGCACAGGCCACAGGGUGACAUCCGUGUAAACAUAGAUGACGUCACGGGUUUUUUUUUAAAGAAAGAACAUAGUCUUCGUUUGUAUGUAGGCCUAGGCAAUUUAUAUAUUUACAAAACUUACUAAAAUAUAAUUAAUUUUAUUUUAUUGAUUUUAUUGAUUGGUGAACUCGUGUCUCGUACUAGAUUGAUGUACUCAGAGUUCCAAGGUCACACAGCACGCGAAACAACGAUGGCAGCCCCUAUGAAUAAUACUGCCUACGGAUGCAGUGUUUAUGCAAGUGACACACGUUGAAAAAACGAUUUUAGGUUAAUGUAACGUUGCAAUAAAAUAAUCUUGUUACAAUUCCUUGCGCUCAGAAAGUUUGGCUUAACUUGCCUGGAACUGUACAAAGUCGUUAGUAGUGGUAUGAAAUAGUGAUUACGAGCUCAAAAACCUGCCUGGAACGCGCGCAGAAUCAGAACUAUAGCGACUGACUGGGAUGAGGAAGAGGUGGCAAGAACCAACAUGAUGGCCCGCAGCCGUGUAAUUUCGAGCCAGCCAGACGUGAGAGGGCAAAUGAGGAAUUGCCAAGAACUGAUGUCCGUCAAAGCCUAUGCAUGGUCCGAGGAGAAUGAGUGGAGAGUUGGUGAAGUGUCCUGUUCAGUUGAUCAGAAGAGAUCAGAAGCAGAGUCCAGCUGUGUGUCUGUGAGGAGUGAUCGGUCUAUGCAUCCUCCAUUAGGGUUUAAGAGUGGAGAUACAAAGACUGAUCUCAGUUCAGUUGAUCAGAAGAGAUCAGAAGCAGAGUCCAGCUGUGUGUCUGUGGAUCGUAUAAUAAAGACUGAUCUCAGAUCAUGUGACACUGAAGAAUGGAGGAAUGAUGCUGAAAAUACAGCGGAGCAUCACAGAAAUACAUUAUAUACUGUAUAUAGUGAAGAUACAAAGACUGAUCUCAGGCAUGAAGUCCUCAACAGGUUCAGAUCAAAUCUGCUGAAGAAGUUUGAGCGUCUGUAUGAGGGAACAGCGACGCAGAGAAACCCAACACUCCUGAAUGAGAUCUACACACAGCUCUACAUCACAGAGAGUGAGAGUGGAGAGAUCAGUAAUGAACAUGAGGUGAGACAGAUUGAGACACAAUCCAGGAGAACAGCUACAGAAGACACAGCCAUCAAAUGCAGUGACAUCUUUAGACCUUUACCUGGACAAGACAAAGCCAUCAGAACUGUGCUGACAAAGGGAGUCGCUGGCAUCGGAAAAACAGUCUCUGUGCAGAAGUUGAUCCUGGACUGGGCUGAAGGGAAAGAGAAUCAGGACGUCCAGUUCAUAUUUCCACUUCCUUUCAGAGAAAUCAACCUGAUGAAGGACAAAACACUCAGUCUUUCAGAUCUUCUUCAUGUCUUUUUCCCUGAAACUAAAGAAAUGGAAAUAUCCAGUGAUGGAUAUAAAGUGUUGUUCAUCUUUGAUGGUCUGGAUGAGUGUCGUCUGUCUCUGGACUUUAAGAGUAAAGUGAAAGUGUGUAAUAUAUCUGAACCAGCCUCAGUGGACGAGCUGCUGAUGAACCUCAUUGUGGGGAAUCUGCUUCCCUCUGCUCUCAUCUGGAUCACCUCCAGACCAGCGGCAGCUGAUCUCGUCCCGUCUGAGUGUGUCCAUCGAGUGACAGAGGUACGAGGCUUCAAUGAGCCACAGAAGGAGGAAUACUUCAGGAAGAGAAUCAGUGAUCAGAGUCUGGCCGACAGGAUCAUCUCACACCUGAAGUCAUCAAGGAGCCUCUACAUCAUGUGCCACAUCCCAGUGUUCUGCUGGAUCUCAGCCGCUGUUCUGGAGAAGAUGUUGAGUCGAGCAGAGAGAGGAGAGAUUCCCAAGACUCUCACUCAGAUGUACACACACUUCCUGAUCCUUCAGACCAACAUCAAACAUGAGAAGGACUAUGAGAAGAAGGUGACAGAUGAAGACAUGAUCCUCAAACUGGGGAAAGUGGCUUUCCAACAGCUUGUGAAAGGAAACCUGAUCUUCUAUGAGGAAGACCUGAGAGAGUGUGGCAUUGAUGUGACAGAAGCAUCAGUGUACUCAGGAUUGUGCACUCAGAUCUUCAGAGAGGAGCUGGGCUUGUAUCAGGGGAAAGUCUUCUGCUUUGUUCAUCUGAGCAUUCAGGAACAUCUAGCAGCUCUAUAUGUGCACCUCUCCUGGACAAACUACAACAGAAAUGUGUUUGACCAGUUCACCAAACUGAGUUUACCCUCUAAAGUGAAGAAACAGUUUAAACUCAGUUCAUCAGAACCUGUUUCAUUAUCUGAGCUGCAUCAGAGAUCUGUGAAAGAGGCUCUUCGGAGUAAAAAUGGGCAUCUGGAUCUUUUCCUGCGGUUCCUUCUGGGUUUGUCAGUAGAGUCUCAUCAGAUUCUCCUACAACAAAUAAUGAAGCUGAAAAGAAACAGCUCUGACAGCAAUGAGACAACAGUUGAGUACAUCAAGAAGAAGAUCAGGACCAUUGAGUCUCCAGAGAAACCCAUCAAUCUGUUCCACUGUCUGAAUGAACUGGGUGAUCGUUCACUAGUGGAGGAAAUACAACAGUAUCUGACAUCUGGAGGAAUAAAGGAAACCAAACUCUCUUCAUCUCAGUGGUCAGCUGUAGCUUUUGUGUUGUUGACAUCAGAAGAGGAACUGAAUGAGUUUCGUCUUGAUAAAUUUGUUGAAGGAAAGGAUAAAGCUGAAAAUGUGAAAGUUCUUCAGAAGCUGCUGCCUGUGAUUAAAGAAUCCAGAUCAGUUCAGUUGAGAGAUUGUGACGUCACAGAUGAAGGUUGUUCUGCUCUGACUUCAGCUCUGAGAUCAAACCCCUCACACCUGAGAGAACUGAGUCUGUCUAGGAAUAAAAUAAGAGAUUCAGGAGUGAAGCGUCUCUGUGCUGGACUGGAGGAUCCUCGCUGUAAACUGGAGAAACUGCGGUUGAGUGAUUGUGACGUCACAGAUGAAGGUUGUUCUGCUCUGACUUCAGCUCUGAGAUCAAACCCCUCACACCUGAGACAACUGGAUCUGUCUGAGAAUAAAACAAGAGAUUCAGGAGUGAAGCGUCUCUGUGCUGUACUGGAGGAUCCUCGCUGUAAACUGGAGAAACUGUGGUUGAGAGAUUGUGACGUCACAGAUGAAGGUUGUUCUGCUCUGACUUCAGCUCUGAGAUCAAACCCCUCACACCUGAGACAACUGGAUCUGUCUGGGAAUAAAAUAAGAGAUUCAGGAGUGAAGCGUCUCUGUGCUGGACUGGAGGAUCCUCACUGUAAACUGGAGAAACUGUGGUUGAGUGAUUGUGGCGUCACAGAUGAAGGUUGUUCUGCUCUGACUUCAGCUCUGAGAUCAAACCCCUCACACCUGAGAGAACUGGGUCUGUCUUGGAAUAAACUACGACAAUCAGAAGUGAAGUUACUCUCUGAUCUGAAAGAUGAUCCACGUUAUAAACUGGAGAGAUUAUACUACUGACUCUCAGUAUUCAGACGUCAGUUCAGUUUCCUCAGGAUCAGCUGAUGGUGAAUAAGAGCCGCUACAGGAAUCAGUGAUGUGAAGUUAAAUGAAUGCAUGGAAGUGUAAUGUGUGGAGCAGUGUUGAUGAACAGAAGAAACAAGCUUCAAGGAAACUAAACUAAUUCAGCAAAAAAACGUUUUUAUCCAAAGGACAUUAAGAAAAUAGUUGAUCUGUUUAUACAGCACUGAAAACCAAGAAAAUCAAUGUGAUAUUUUCAGUGAUGAGCUUAUAUCCUGAGCUGUCCAGAUUUAAUAUAGAUCAUCAUAACUGUGUAUCCUGAAAUUCAGAAAUAGAAAACUUAUCACUUGUACAUUUUUCUUAUAUUUUAAUCCAGUCUAACAUUUGAGUUUGUAACCUUUGCAUAUAUGUGUUUAUUUCUAUUAAAAUAUGUAUCAUUUCGAGAA